UCUUACCAUAGGAGGUGCUGCUGAAGAGAGCAGCAGAUCUGGUGGAAGCAUUGUACGGGAUGCCCCACAAUAACCAAGACAUCAUCUUGAAACGGGCAGCGGAUAUUGCCGAGGCCUUGUACAGUGUCCCGCGCAACCCUAACCAGCUGACAUCCCUGGCCGGGAACCACGGGCACUCGGGCAUGAUGGGCGUCAACUCCUUUGGGAGCCAGCUGGCCGUCAACAUCAGCGAGUCCACUCAGGGCUCAGAGCAAGGAUACCCGCGCAGCGCAAGCAGCGUCUCGCCCCGGGGCUACGUGCCCAGCUCCACCCCACAACAGAGUAACUACAACACGAUCACGUCCAGCAUGAACGGUUACGCGGGGGCCGCCAUGACCGGUCUUGGGGUGCCAGGGUCGCCCAGCUUUCUCAACGGCUCCACUGCCAACUCCCCCUAUGCCAUCAUGCCAUCCAGUCCGCCCCUGGGGGCCUCCUCCACCCCAGCCGGCGUCUUCUCCUUCUCCCCCGUCAACAUGAUCUCGGCGGUCAAGCAGAAAAGCGCCUUUGCUCCCGUCGUCCGGCCACAGGCCUCCCCGCCCCCUACUUGCACCAGCACCAACGGGAGCGGCCUGCAGGGCCUGUCGGGGCUAAUUGUGCCGCCCAUGUGAACUGGAGAUGGGAGGACGUCUUCCCCAAAGACAAAGCAGCCGGCUGGCACUUGGAC